GACAAUUAUAAGCUUCUUUAUUAAGGAAAUUAUAAGCAUUUCACAGUAAUAAUAUCCACCAGUCAAAACCUCACUUGGUUCUAAAUAAAUUAGAAAGAAUUAGUAUUGAAAUUUCUAACGUUCACACUUGUAAUUAAUAGUAAAUACUUCCAGAAGAAAUCAAACUUAAUUUUCUCUCAGAAAAUGAUAUACAUAAAAAUAUCAUAAGAAUUGAAUUGAUCAAGGUUCCACCUAAUACACGUACUGAUAUAGAAAUCCCUUUCACAACAUUUUCUCCUCACUCACGCCAGCUAAUAUUUUUGGAUAUCGCUACUAUAAAUAAUCCACUAGGAAAAAGUUUCUCAAAUCAAAAUAUCAACCACUUGUCUAUUGACAUUUUGGAAAAAUAUAAUUUUCACAAACACCAAUAUGGCUGAAGAGAAACACCAUCACCAUUUGUUCCACCACAAAAACAAGGAGGGUCCAGUUGAUUAUGCAAAAGAAGUGAAGCACCACAAUCAUCUUGAGAAGAUUGGUGAACUUGGUGCUGUUGCUGCUGGUGCUUUCGCUUUGCAUGAGAAGCACAAGGCAAAGAAAGACCCAGAGAAUGCACACAAGCAUAAGAUACAAGAAGAAAUAGCAGCAGUUGCUGCUGUCGGUGCUGGUGGAUUUGCAUUCCAUGAGCACCAUGAGAAAAAAGAUGCCAAGAAAGAGCUAAAGCAUGCUGAGGGAGGACACCACCACCAUCACCACCACCACUAAUAUUUUACUAUAUUACCGAGACGAAGAACAACACUUGUGUACGUGAUCAUAUACGUAUAUGUACUUGCCUAAAAUAAAUAAAGGAUACUAGCUAGUAUGUGUUUUAAUUUCUGUCCAGUGUGGAUUGAUCUGGUGUUUUUGUAUUAAUCUUGCCAUGUAAUGUAAGACUGUCUAUGGGGUAUAUUUUUUGUACUAUUUUUGAGUUAAUUCAUUCCUUUCUCUUA